AUGCGUCGUACACAGUCAACAACAACAUCCACUCCAUUAAUCAACAAAGAAUCCAUCAAAAAUGAUAUUUUUGAAAUUCUUUCAAAUGAUAAUCAUGUGAAAGAGCAAGUUCAAGCAUUGCGAGGUAAUUAUGGACCAGAGGAUGUUGUUAAUAUACUGCAAGAUGCGGUUGUAAAACGGAUUGAACAACGUUUAACUAUUGUUGAACAAAAAACGGAAGAAAUUGAGCAGCAGCUAGGUCAACUACAGUUUGACAUGAAUGCUCGUGAGCGAAAUUCACGACAGAAAAAUCUUCGUUUUCUUGGUAUAAAAGAUCAAGGUGAUAUUACUGUAUCGAUUGUGCAGGGGGCUGAGAAGAUUGGCUUGGAUAUUAAAAAAGAAGAUAUUGAGUACUGUCAUCCCUUGGGAAGGAAUAAAAAAGAUCUACAUACACGACCAGUUAUUGCUGCCUUUCAUUCCCGAUUCAAACUGAAAUCGCUACUGGUGAAAAGAAAACAAUUUAAGGAGGCAACUGGUAUCACAAUCUUUGAGGACCUAACAAAAUCUGAUAAGUGGUUGCUUGAUCAAAUUCGUGAUGGUCUGAAAAAGGAGGACAAAAAGUAUGCAUUCACUCGGGGUGGAAGAGCCUGUUAUAAAACAGAAAGUCAAGGUGUUGUGUUCAUUAAUUCAUUUGGAGAUAUUGAAACAUAUCUGUAUGGCUAA